UUGGAUAUUUUUGGACACUUGUUAUAAAAUUUACCCUGAAAAAAGUGAAAGUGAGAUGACGUCAUGCCGUCGCCACCUCCCGCGCCAGCCCCGUAAUCAUGGCGGAGCUGCCCGAGCUGCUCUCCGAGCUUCUCUCUGAGGUCUGAGCGGUUACGGGGGUUCUGAUGGGUCCGGUUCGGGAGAAGCUCCGGGCGGUUUAACGGAACCGGGUUGAACAUGCGGAGCGAGCAGCUUAAGCACGAGAGCAGCGCGCGAGUUCCUGCAGCUGCGGAUGAGUUACUGAUCCUCCGGUCGGACCGGCGACCAGCUGCGCCCGGAGCCUCCGCGCGCUCCUGCUAGUCCUGCUGUGAACCACAGCCUGACUGAGUUCAGUACCUGCAGCUUCACCUCCCUGCAGAGCACGAGCGACCGGAGAGACACAGCGAGAUUGAAAUCUGUGGCCCAGCAUAAUGGAGCACAUUCAGGGAGCGUGGAGAACCCUGAGUAACGGGUUUGGAUUGAAGGACUCUGUGUUUGAAGACACCGGUAUGUCUCCCACCAUUUCCAAGGGCUUUCCUUAUCAGCGACGUUUGUCAGAUGACGGGAAAAUCCCAGACUCCUCAAAAGCAAGCACAAUCCGUGUUUACCUGCCAAACAAGCAGCGCACCGUGGUGAAUGUUCGGCCAGGUAUGACUCUGCACAACUGCCUAAUCAAAGCGCUGAAAGUGCGGGGGCUUCAGCCAGAGUGCUGUGCUGUGUUCAGGCUUCAUCCAGACCAGCCCAGAAGCAAAAAAUACCGUGUGGAUUGGAAUACAGAUUCUACCUCACUGAUUGGAGAAGAGCUGCUGGUGGAGGUUUUAGACCAUGUACCCCUGACUACGCACAAUUUUGUACGGAAAACGUUUCUGAAGCUGGCCUUCUGUGACAUGUGCCAGAAGUUUCUCCUGCAUGGCUUCAGAUGCCAAACCUGUGGCUACAAAUUCCAUGAGCACUGCAGCACCAAAGUCCCCACCAUGUGCGUCGACUGGAGCAACAUUCGACAGCUGCUGCUUUUCCCCACACCUGGAGAAGGUGGAACUCCUUCCCUACCAUCACUUUCAUCCCGGCGGAUGCGAGAUUCUUUAUCCCGGUUUCCUGCCAGCACCCAUCACAGACACUCUACCCCUCAUGCCUUCAACUACAUUACACCUGUCCCGCCCCCAGAAUGCUCUCUCUCGCAGAAGCAGCGCUCAACCUCCACGCCCAACGUCCACAUGGUCAGCACCACCCUGCCUGUGGACGAGCUUGCAGCUGAGGAUGGCUUUCAAAGACAGGACUCAGGGAGCCCCCCUAAUCUCAGCCCAACUGGGUGGUCUCAGUCCAAUCCCCCCGCUCCAGUUCACAGGGAGAAAACACCUUCGUCUAAUAUUCAGGAAAAACACAGAAUACGACCCAGGGAGAAGAGGGAUUCCAGUUAUUACUGGGAGAUCGAUGCCAGCGAGGUGGUUCUGCACUCCCGGAUUGGCUCAGGGUCUUUUGGUACAGUCUAUAAAGGGAAGUGGCAUGGUGACGUAGCUGUGAAGAUUUUGAAGGUCACAGAUCCGACGCCAGAGCAGUUUCAGGCCUUUCGUAAUGAGGUGGCCGUGCUAAGGAAGACCAGGCAUGUCAACAUCCUGCUGUUUAUGGGAUACAUGACCAAAGACAACCUGGCCAUUGUGACGCAGUGGUGUGAGGGCAGCAGCCUCUACAAACAUCUGCAUGUCCAGGAGACCAACCUGCAGAUGUUCCAGCUGAUUGAUAUCGCCAGGCAGGGUGCUCAAGGCAUGGAUUAUUUGCAUGCAAAGAAUAUCAUCCACCGGGACAUGAAGUCAAACAAUAUCUUCCUACAUGAAGGUCUGACUGUGAAGAUUGGAGACUUUGGUUUGGCCACAGUGAAGACCAGGUGGAGCGGAUCCCACCAAUCGGGGCAGCCUUCAGGGUCCAUCUUGUGGAUGGCUCCUGAGGUCAUCCGCAUGCAGGACAAUAACCCCUACAGUUUCCAGUCGGAUGUGUAUUCCUACGGGAUCGUCUUGUAUGAACUGAUGACCGGAGAGCUGCCGUACUCCAUGAUUGCAAACAGAGAUCAGAUCAUUUUUAUGGUUGGAAGAGGAUACCUGGCUCCAGACCUCAGCAAGCUCUACAAGAACUGCCCCAAAGCCAUGAAGAGGCUGGUAUCCGACUGCAUCAAGAAGUCUAAAGAUGACCGACCUCUGUUCCCUCAGAUUCUGGCGUCUAUAGAGCUGCUGCAGCACUCGCUGCCCAAAAUCAACCGCAGCGCCUCAGAACCGUCGCUCCAUCGAGCCACCCACACUGAGGACAUCAACAUCGGCACCCUGACCUCCACCAGACUCAACAUCUUCUAGCACGGACCAUACAGUUCUGUUCCUAAGCCAAAGUGCCCGAGGCCUUGUCUUAUUUAGGGCCAUCAGAUUGGAAAGGUGGUCAUAUUGAAGAGUCCAUGCUUUGACGCUCGUUAUCAAAGGCAUUUUGGCUAUCUUCAGAGUCACAGGCAAAUCAGAUUAGCUCUCAGAUCAGAUCUGUUGAGAUGACUGUCCACACUGUUAUUUGCGAGUGAUCACAUUGGAUUUGCCUGUCUGGACAUCAUAAGCAAAUCUGCAUGGGUAACUGUGGUUUUGAGGUCUACGUCAGUAACUCUCCUUGGACCCCUGCAAUUCCCUCACUCUGGAUUUGAUGAUGUUUUUCAGAGCAUCCAGACUGAGACGCAUCUGUACAAAUCUGAUUAUAAUUGUAUUUGUAAAAAUCAGAUUUCAUGUGGUCGCUGGCUGUCCAGACUGAUCACAAAUCUGGACAAUCUAGAUAUGCCAAAAAUCAAAUCUGGGCUGGCAGUCAGAACAUAGUAUUAGACAUCUUGCCUUAUCUGAGGGUUUGCUGAAAAUGUAUCUGAAUCCUAAAUGACUGUAUUUUUUUCCCAGUGCCUAAAGACAGGUUUUGGUGGAGGUUACCUCAGACUGCAGAUUCUACACCAAUUGGUUAGACUGGAUUAGACUGGAUGUACACAAGAGGUGGAAAAUCCAAAAGUAAACAUUUUUGUGCACAAAAUCGUGUUCUAAGUGGAGGCAGCCUCAUUUGAUUUGUUUCCGUUCAAUACAAUUAAAGUUACACCACCAGAGGUAGCAAAUCCAAGUCCUGAAAGUAAAAAUGUACUUUAAGAUUAGGGUUCAGUAGAGGCAAACUCAGACUGCACUUUCUGCUCUGACUGACUAGAUGCAUUUACCAUAUUUUUCACAUUUUUCACUAUAAGGUCCACCAGAUUUUAAGGCGCACUAUCAAAAAACAUUUAUUUUCUGGUCUAUUUUCAUACAUAAGGCACAUUAUAUGACACAAGUAUGGAACAGGGGACCUGAGACCUGUAAAGCUAAGCUAAGUAAACAAAAUUCUUUAAAAAAAGUGCUGGGCGUUAAUUAACAGAUUUCUCUCCCAAAAACUGUUUAUUUGGGUAAGUAAAGCCCUUCUGUUUAUUUACAGUAAGCUUAGAUUUCCACUAAGGAUAGCCAUGGUAAGCUAAUGUGGCUACUGCUAAUGGUGCUCCAGCAGUGCUAUCCGGGGUUACAGGCUGAUAAUACUCACCUCUGAAUGUUGAAACAGCUAGGGCUCAGCGUGGUUAGCGGCUAAUGCUAGUGUUGCUUCAGUCUCGUUGCUGGAGAACUAAACUAUAACGCUGUACUUCAGCAGAGUGGCUUUACUGCUCGUUACCUCACUGGUAAGAUUCAUACAUACGGUGCACCGGAUUAUAAGGUGCACUGACAUUUUUUGAAAAAAUUAAAGGAUUUUAGGUGCUCCUUAUAGUGUGAAAAAUAUGGUACAACUGAGAUGAUCUAGGUUCUAAAAGUUUUCACCCCAAUGCCCAACGAUAGGUUCAGUGGAAACUCUAUAUGAUUAGAUUGGAUAAUAUUGGAUUUGCACCAAAGGUGAUUCUUUUUUUCCCUGUUGCACAACGAUCAGGUGUCCCAACACUUUUGUCCAUGUAGUAUAGCUGUGUGUCAGUGGUGGUGGUGAUCAGAACAGCCUGUGUGAGAUACACAGCAAACUGUACAUUAAGUGUCCAAGGGUCAACUCGCAUUUUGUUUUGUUUUGUUUUCAUACUUGGCGUAUGAAAGGUGUAGAUGUACAGAUCAAAUUGAUUGAUUGAUAUUUACUAGAAAAUGUUGAUGUACAUAUCAGAUGGAUCUUUAUCCUUAUCUGCAGACCUCUGGCUUAUUUUUGAUUAUUUUAUUUUAUUAGUUGGAGUGGCUGGUGAUCUCCAUUUGAGACUUUGUCAAAGAGAAACUAUGGACGACUGUUCCAUGGAAUAAUUGGAAUAAUUAUGGAUUUCCAUCUAUUUUCGACUUGCUCUUUGACACCACGUCUAACUUGUAUACUUUAAAGGCUGUUAAAGCUUUGUAUUUUAAUAAAAGUAAGACAAAUAAAAACACAAAGAAUUGGA